GUUAUGCCGCGGUUUACUGAGCAAGUGGAAGCUGCUGUGGAAGCACUGAGUUCAGACCCUGCUCAGCCAAUGGAUGAAAAUGAAUUUAUCGAUGCUUCGCGACUGGUGUACGAUGGAAUACGAGAUAUCAGGAAAGCCGUACUGAUGAUCCGGACUCCUGAAGAGUUGGAUGAUUCUGACUUUGAGACUGAGGAUUUUGAUGUCCGAAGCAGAACAAGUAUUCAGACUGAAGAUGAUCAGCUUAUUGCUGGACAAAGUGCGAGGGCUAUCAUGGCUCAGCUCCCUCAAGAGCAAAAAGCUAAGAUUGCUGAGCAAGUUGCAAGCUUCCAGGAAGAGAAGAGUAAAUUGGAUGCUGAAGUAUCAAAAUGGGAUGACAGCGGUAAUGAUAUAAUUGUUCUGGCAAAACAAAUGUGUAUGAUUAUGAUGGAAAUGACAGACUUUACCAGAGGUAAAGGUCCACUGAAAAAUACGUCAGAUGUGAUUAGUGCAGCCAAGAAGAUUGCAGAGGCUGGGUCAAGGAUGGACAAGCUGGGACGGACUAUUGCUGACCAUUGCCCCGAUUCUGCGUGCAAGCAGGACCUCCUCGCCUACCUGCAGCGCAUCGCGCUGUAUUGCCAUCAGCUCAAUAUCUGCAGCAAAGUGAAGGCUGAAGUUCAAAACCUCGGAGGGGAGCUGGUUGUGUCUGGGGUGGACAGUGCCAUGUCUCUUAUCCAAGCAGCCAAGAACCUGAUGAACGCGGUGGUGCAAACCGUGAAGGCUUCCUACGUGGCGUCCACCAAGUACCAGAAGUCCCAGGGCAUGGCUUCCCUCAAUCUUCCCGCCGUCUCUUGGAAGAUGAAGGCUCCGGAGAAGAAACCCCUGGUUAAGAGGGAGAAACAAGACGAAACCCAAACUAAAAUCAAGAGAGCGUCCCAGAAGAAACACGUUAACCCGGUGCAGGCUCUCAGUGAAUUCAAGGCGAUGGAGAGUAUUUAAAGAGAGGUCUCUGUCUUGGUUAUUUUAUUAUUUUUUGUUUUCUCUAGCCCACUACUGCUACUUCCAGAACUCUACUUUUAAUAUUCUAAGGAUUUUUCGAAAGUUUACUAUUCCUCAAAAUGUAUUUACUUAAUAUAAUUUUGAUAACUUUGUUUAGAUUACGUGGGGAAACGCUCAAAUUUAUAAGUCCUAUCAAUAUAGCUUCAGCCUGCGGAAGUGUGUUAAUUUAGAUUGCUUUUAGACUUCAGGGGUGUAUUUCUAGCUGAAAAUUGUUUUGUAUAAUCUUGCUUUAAAUAAAAUAUUCUAUAACCAAAGAGGAUUUUACAGUAACACUAACGGUUAACACUAAUAGUUGAAUCAU